AUCGACGCUCCGCUUUCAGUCUUUCCGAGUCUCGAUCGCGCGUGGGUCGCGCGCGCGUCGCUCAAUUUCCGCGCGUUACGCGUCCUCUAUCUCCGCACGCGUUUUCUUCGCGCGUUGUCCAUCCAGUAUCGGACGCUUAUAGUUUUUCAAAUUCCGCGAAAGUUUUACAUUAAUUUCAUUCCAAGUUUUUCAUAAGUUUACGAAGAGGAACGUCGAAAGAGUGCAGUUUUCCUUUUUUUUUCCUCAAUUACGUGGUGCGCCAUGUGACUACGCGCAAAGUAUUACAUUUCCAUGGAAUAGAAAAAAGAGAAAAGAGAAGGAAAGAAGAGGUAGGAAAACUAAUCUUACUUCCCUUGGCAAAUCUUCAUUUUUAUCUAAUCCCUUUCCCCUAGCCCUUUCCUCUUCCUUUUAAAAGUUUAGCGUCGCUUCUUCGAACGAUCGCUUUGUGUUUAACGCGACGCGAGAGACCACGUGAUUUCGAACGUUCCUUCUAAUCUUUUCUUCUUCUCCUUCUUCUCCUUCUACUUCCUUCUUCUUCUCCUCCUUCUCCUUUUCUUCCUCCUCUUCCUUUCCUCCAUUAGAACGAUCUCAGCUCGAGGCGAUGCGCUUUGGAGCACGAGGUGGAUAGUACGAUACGGUGUGUCAGAUAAGCCCGAAGCGAGUUUUUUGACAGAAGAAACGGAGUAAGAAAGAGAUAGAUGGAUAGAUAGAGUGCCAAGUUUUAGACGAGUUUUCCUAAGAGUUUUUCAACGGUCGUGCUUCUUGGUGUCUCGCAGCUGGUGCGCGUGGAGCGUUGUUCCUUGUGAACAAGGAAGAAAGAAGAAAAGGGGAAGAAAGAGAGAGAGAGAGAGAAAGAGAGGGGGAGAAAAAAAACGAGAUAUAUAAAGAGAAAGAGAGAGAAAGAGAGAGGAAGAAAGAAAGAAAGAAAGAAAGAGAGAAGAAGAGGUCAAAGGAUACUAAUCUUUUCCUCCGGGAUUGCUUAUAUUCUUUCAAGAACACGCGGCCUGAAACUGAAAGCGUGACUUAUGAACGCCAACCGAGAUAAAGGAUCUUGAUACGAAUUCGUUGGAGCUUGACUUUUACGUACUCAUGUCAGAACUCAAAUUAUCUCGGAACAGAUGUUAAAGAGGAAAACCAAGAGAACAGAAAGUAAUCUACCGUCGAUAUUUAUUCAAGUUACACACGCAUAAGCGUAGUCCCAACUUUCGGUCGUGGCAAGUCCGGAACUACAAGUGGAUAAUGAAAGUGUGCGUGCCCGUCGGAGUAUAUCAUUCUUAUCCCACGCAAAAGCUCUAAUGUGACGGUUCAACCCACCCACGUAAAGACAUCGACAACAUUUACGACGAAGGUUUGGAACCUUGGACGGCUGGUAUCAAGAGCGACACAUUGAUGCACCGACUAUCGAUUCGUGGCAGCACCAACGGUGAGGAGACAGCGACCCGCUGGCAAGGAAAUUUCGAUAGACAAUCCAUCUCGAAAGAAGUGAAACUAGCGUUCGGCUAGAAGGACGUUUCCAGAUUACUCAGAUCGAGUAAAUCCUCAGGAUGGAGCUGACAACGGCGAGGUUGUUACUCUACUUGAUGCUGACAAUGGUGGCCAUGUGCCGAGGACAAGAUGUCGCGCAAGACUGGAUGCAAUGCACUGCGUCGUCGUGUAAAUGCAAAUGGGUGUCCGGUAAGAAAACGGCUGAGUGCAUGAGGCAGAAUCUAACGCAAGUACCGCAAAACUUGUCGUCGGAGAUCCAGAGUCUAGAUCUUACUGGGAAUCGGAUACCCCACUUGAUCGAAGACAUCUUCAAACUGAACAAUCUCGUGAAUCUUCACAAAUUGGUACUGCGCGAGUGUGGCAUCGAGACGGUGCAUCCAAAGUCGUUCAGAGCACUGAAGAUCAUAAUCGAGAUCGAUCUCUCAGCUAACAACAUUAGAACGCUCCAUCCAGGUACUUUUGUUGAGACCCUACGACUCAGAGUGCUGCUCUUGAAUCAGAACAAACUGAGGGCCCUGGAGGAUGGUUUGUUCUUCAACUUGACCUUCUUGCAAAAGGUUGAGGUAUCCGAUAAUAGAUUGGAAAGAAUCGAGGAAAAGACAUUUCGCAAUUUACCUGGUCUCCAGUCCCUCACUUUAGACGGCAAUAAUCUGAGCGUACUCAAGCUUCACAGUUUCGAGAAUCUACCGAAGUUGAACAGUCUCGAGCUUCAGAAUAAUCCUUGGAACUGUAACUGCCGACUCAAGAGAUUUCGCGACUGGACGAUAGAGCGGAAAUUGUACACGAAGCCUAAUACUUGCCAACAACCAGCCAAUCUUGCUGGGAAGAUGUGGGACGAGGUCAGCAGCGACGACUUUGCUUGUCGUCCGGAAAUCUUUGCGAUAGGACCAGUGGGAAAACUUGAGAUCGGCCAAGGAGAUGCGAAACUCUGGUGCAGAGCCACGGGCAUUCCUCGACCUCAGCUCGUCUGGGUGCAUCGGUCGAAAGUACUGAACAAUCAAAGCAGACGACAUAAUGGAGAACGCGGCUAUAUUAUCGAAUCUAGCAACGAUUGGUUGAAUUUAACUAUCCCUGAUGUUGGUCCAUCCGACAAAGGUGAUUACGUUUGCCUUGCGAAGAAUCCAGGUGGUAGCGUAGAGAAGAACGUAACUCUGAGCAUCGUGGGCGAUCCCAUCAGUGGCAGGGACAGUACGAUUAGCCUACCUUUGGCUAUAGGACUGGGUAUUGCUGCCCUUCUACUUCUCUUCGUCACGGUGACGCUCUGUGCUUGUUACUGUCGGCGUCGUCGAGAUCACCAUGACGAGAAAGGCUUGGAAGCAGUGUCCCUGGAACAUCAUGGUCUUGGAGAACAAGAGAAGUCUCUAAUCACGACCAUAAACACCAGCUCGGUUAAAACAGCCAGGCGAUACGAGGCACCCUCCGUGACGUCGCACGGCACCGAAAUGACGGAGCUGAAUCGAACCCUUCUCGACAACGACUCGGUCUUCGCUGACGGUGUGGUCGGUAGCGGCGUGAUCGGCAACGUGGUCGGCGGAGGAUUGGACGAGGAAAGAGAGGAGGGUCCGAGGACGACAGAAUUCGAUAACGGGGGUGCCGGUGGAACUUUGAGCCGUGUCGGAAGUGGUACUUAUCGACAGUAUCCACCAGACCUGUUGGCCUUCUCCGGUGGUCGUGGCGCCUCGCCGACCAGUCAGGCUUCUACAGCGCCAGACAACACUCGUCUUCCUAGUCAGCAACAUCAGCAACAUCAGCCGCAACAACAGCAACAACAACAGCAGCAUCAACAACGACAGCAUUCGACCUCGAGUCCGACGUCUUUGGGCUAUAACUCGCCACCUGGACAAUAUCCUGCGACUUUCAAGACUCUCCCUCAUAAUCGAAGCGUCACACCGUAUGGUCUCGCGGGAUCCGCAGUAGCACCAGUGAUGCCUCGUCACGGAUACGUCACCAUUCCAAGGAGACCUCGAGCUCCCAGCUGGAGCAGUGGUCCACCGACUUCGCCCACGGAUGCAUUAGAACCCGUCUAUGAUAAUUUAGGCCUACGCACCACAGCAGACGGAAGCUCUGUGCUUUCCCUAAAUAAAAGUCCGGAAACCGGAUCUUCGGUCAGAGGAAGGCAAAUUCCUGGUACACCGACCUCCCACUAUGCGACCAUGCAACGAAGCACUCCCAACAUAUUAGCCGGUAGUUCGAACGCACUCGGUACCCUCGAUAGAUCGGCACCCGAGGGUGCUCCCGAGGCCAUCUCUGAUUGGUCCAUUAAAUUGGCCGAUGAGACUCUCGAUAUCAGCUCCAGAUCCCUCGGAUUGCAACAACAAGGUAACAACACGUUAGGUAGGAAGAUUCCACCUAGGCCACCUCCCAAACCCAAAAAGAAAUCGACCAACGGACCUCUCUACGAAGACGAGGAUGAGGACGGCACGGAAGUAUGAUCCUACGAAUAUAAUGGACGAUGAGGACGUCGGGUCUUCCUACUUCUUCGUUCCCGUCACUACUACGUCGAGCCAUACUACUCUAUCGAGUCGCCGGCGAACUCGGGAAAGAAACCAAUAGUGCCUUCAUUCGAAGAUUUCGAUGAUUCUUCUUCCGACGUGAACGCAAGUCGACGCGGUUCUUCUUUCGAACAAAGAGACGAUACCACGACAUGACGAUGACGAGAGGACGACGAUUCGUCGUUUUAUCAAACGUCGAGCUGAUGAGGGAUGAAGACAUACGGACUAUAAUUCGCAUAGGAUGCGAUUUAUCGCUCUUUCUCUCGAUACGCGUUUUCUUUUUCCCCCAUUUUCUCUCCUUCUUCCUUCUUUUUCUUUUUUUUUCUUUCUUCCCCCAUUUAAAUCUUUUCGUUCCUUUCAUUUCCUCUUUCGCUUUUCAUCGGCUCGUCCGACAAGCAAGAUUAGAACGAUUUCACGAUUUAUAUCGCGAGAUAUUGCUUCGCGAAAAAUCUUAUGCGAUAUUAAAGAUUUCAUAGAAUGUUAUUAAUUGAGAGGCAAUGAGACAAGUAAGAAUUAUUAGAAAAACGUAACUUUCUUUCUAAGCUAACCUGAAUUAUUGUUAUUUAAUCCGAUAAAUCGAGCUUAUCCUCGGUUGGUUAAAGAUUAUAUCUAUUCGUUAAGAUAGAGGAGAACUUUUCCAAUAUCCACGACGAUCUUCUUCUAUCUACCGCGGUUUCUCAAUUUCCGAGGAAUCAAGCUGAGCAACGCGUCGUCGAUUUUCUCUGGUCGCUCCAAACGACUCAGGUCACACAUUCUUUAAUGUCGUUCAAUGUCCAUGUGAAACUCUGUUUCGUGAUCGACCAAGCAAGCAUUCGUGGUUUACGGUUGUCCGGCUAUAGAAGCUUUUUGCGUUGAUGAAAGGUGUUAAGCUUAUUUGACAAGAUUGAGUAAGCUACUUCGAAUGUCGUAUCCAUUGGGGCGCUUUAUAUAAUUAUUUCCAACAUUUUAUCGGUGUUUUAGAUUACGGAUGAAAAUAAAAUGAAGGAAGUAUAUCGUUUCGUGGAAAAAAACUUUGAACAUUUUUUAAUGCCACGGGCAAAGUCUCUAAGGGAUAAGAUUGUAAAAAAAAAAAAACAAAAAAAGCAAAAAAAAAGAAAAAAAAGAAGCACGUUCUUUUAUUCAUCCGCAAUUGUGACUCUUGCAACAAGUUCCACAAUUUUGACCCUAAAAAUUCUCUCUCUCACUAUGAAAAAAAGGAAAAACAAAAAGAAGAAAGGUGAAUAGGCCCGGAAAAGAUGGUUUCGAAUAAAAUGCAGUAAAACUAUAACGAUCCUCGUGGCUCGUGGCCAAUAAAUCCAGUGUCAAAGAACGACCUUUCCGGGGAGAGUGGUUGGAAUCUGCCGUGUGAAAUACUGCCGGCAAUGCCGAACAUCGUGUUAGCGAAAAAAGCUUUCCCGUAUUGCAUUCGAUCGCCACGGAUCGCCAUCGUUUAUUUAGAAAACGCGCGAGCACGAAAGCUGAGCGAACGAAACAGAAACGAGGAGAAAAAAAACCGUGUUUUACCUUUCAUAGGUCGAAAUAAAAUGGUCAAUAACAUCGUAAGUUGGAAAUAAAGACGUAAAAGCGGACAGAUUCUAUGGCGAUAUACGAUAUUACGUGAUUGUACCUGAAUCUCGAAGAUCUCGUUGCUAUGAUGACAACAAAUUUCCAUUUUUAUCGAACUAAAGCUGAAAAACAAAGUCUCCCUGGUACAUCUACCUAUCGAAAUAUUUUCUUACUAUACGAAUUGAAGAGUAUUGGUUCUUCCUUCAAACAUGCUCGUCGAUAAAUUUCUAUCUUCCUAUCGUCAUACAUAUCUAAUUUUAUAUAAAUAUAUUUUGAUUGCAUUACGUUUAUAUUUCUCACUUGUCUCGUUCAAUCGAUUUAGUUCAUUGUCUCUCAAUUAAUAUGAUUGUUAACAUUUCAAACGUAUAUUAGAUGGUUUCGAAUCAUACAUGAUUCUCUGUUUUCGGUAUUGUGAAAAAAAUAUUGUUAGGUUUUUAAUUGUUCCACAAUAGUCAAGCUUAAACUCAAAACGUUAAGGUGAAAGUAUGUGCGGAAAAUUUGAGCUCUGAAUAAAAAUAGUAAAAAGGUUCUCUGUGUUUUUGGAUUUGUAUUCAAUAGUUAACUAAACCGAAAGCUCAAAUUAUUCGCGAAUGCUUCGUUACUUUCAAACGUAACGCAUAAAAAAUGGACAAUAUAUACAUUUGUUAUUUGAAAGUCUUGUUCGAUAAGUUAGUGGAUCGAUCGAUUCUUUUUUCUUUUUUCUAAAGUUCUGAAAAUAAGCUAUUAACAUAAAUAAAUUUAUAUAACUAAUGUGAAAGGUCAACGACGAUCAAAUUUAAUUAUCUUUUAAUGUUUGUUAGAAACUCGUUACAAGUCCCGAAAAUUAUUUUUUUUCGCAUUCGGCCAUUUUACAGAAACAAAUAUAUAAACAAAUAAUAAGAUAAAGGAUCGAACAGAAUGAAGGAUAUAGAAUUAGGUAAUUAGAUUCAAUCGAUAAAUACAGGUGCCAACUCUCAGCUCUCUUCCCGUCUAUCUCUACUCUACGAAGGAAAAGAAACGUAACGAAAGCAAAGUUUGUCAAAGCGAAAAACAAAGAGAGAAAGCAUCGAUAUACUAAGGGACCUUGUCACGUGAUAUUUUCAACGACCUAGAGCGAGGGAAAAAAAAGAAAAAAGAUAACUAGAAAGAGAAACGAAGAGAGAGAGAAAGAGAGAGAGAGAGAGAGAGAGAGAGAGAAUCGCGAGCCGUUUGUUCGUUUUUCAAGAGAGAAACCGGCCGAGCAUGCGAUCUAAUGUACAUAUAUACACAGACUGGCGAGUGAUUGUCAUUGAACAUUGUUUAUAUGUAAAUACGAGAAGCGUUGAAAUAAAAGAGGGAAGAGCAAAGAGAGGAAAUAAAAGCGAAAAGAGGGAGAAAGAGAAAUAGAGAGAAGGACAGAGAAAGAGAAGGAGAGAGAAAGAGAGAGAGAGAGAAAGAGAGGGAGAUGGAGAUGCAGAGAAAGAGAAAAAGAGAAGGAGUAGAAGAAAGGAUCUCAUAUACGGCCGGUGCGGUCUCGCGAGUAUAUUUUUGUAGUUUUGUAUUUUGAUGUGCUCUCUGAGCGAGAUCCCCGUGCUUGCUCGCACCGAGAAGACGAUAGGACGUUUGCGGGGAGGCCGACAACCUCGACAAUGAACGUAACGUGUUUCGCGUCGUUUCGUCAAUCGAUCGGCAUUUCGCGUAUGCACGAAUUACGAAUUAUAUUCAAUGGUACACGUGUAUAUACAUAUGCGUUACACGUGUGUAUGUAUACACGUUAAAUACAAGCGUAGGUAUGUCUAUCUAUAUACAUACAUACAUACAUAUAUAUAUAUAUUAUAUAUAUAUAUAUAUAUAUAUAUAUAUAUAUGUAGGUAGGGGCAUACAUAUGUAUGUAUGUAUGCAUACAUAUGUAUAUGCAUCCAGCAUAGCUCGCGAUACAAAGCGUUAAAACCAUAAAUCUCGCCAUCCAAAUCGGCACACGUGUCUCGAAUCACGAGCAACUCACUUUACUUACGCGUUGCCAUUAGUAAGUGGCUAAAUUAUUCUGCCCGUCGAUAUCGAUGCCGAAAUUUCCUAUCCGUCUGUCUGUCUGUCUGUCUGUCUGACUGUCUGUCUGUCUGUCUGUCUGCCUGCCUGCUUGCUUGCCUGCUUGCUUGCUUGCCUGCCUGCAUACCUGCCACAUCCUUUUCCGGACAUUUCAUCUUCGCGAUAUUUCAACUAACGAGAUAGAAAACGAGAUAGAGGGAAAAGGAGAGGAAGAGAGAGAGGAUGGGAAAUCGAAAGAAUAAAGGCGAGUUGGACGAUUUUUGAGUGACGGUAAAUGACGGUAUUUGCAAUGGAUAAGUAUCUGGUUUCAUGACAAGAAUAGGAUUCUUUUCGGUAUAUUCUCUAAAGUCUUACGGACUUUAAUGUUACUUUACAAAAAAAUUUUCAAAUUGUUCUCUUUGAUUUUAUAUGUUGAGUAAGUCGAUUUUAAAAAAUUCGUACUUCUAUUAGACGAUCGAUUACUUUCAAAUAUUUAUAAAGAUAUUAAUUAUCUUUGAAAUCGUUUAAAUUUGAUCGAAGAUGUCUACGUUGUCUAGUUAAUCGCUAGAAAUAUCUAUUAUCACGGUGUUGAUUUAACGAUAGAUGAACGUAAUAUAGCGGGAAGGGAGCUUCGUACCAUACACGCAUAUAACUUUCUCGUUUGAUGGUCUCGAAACGUAAUAAUACACAUUUCCUUGUUGUUCAUCCGUCGUGUGUCUGGUCGUGACGCCCGUAAUCGAGCGUGUAUACGACGACGAGACGCUUGCACACGCAGCUACAAUUAUUAUCGUGAGAUACCUCGUUGUAGCAAGCUACCGUGGUGUCAUAAAGAGUCUCCUUUACACUCUAACCAAACCCUCUCUCAACAACACAAUUUACCAGCGGACCCUUCCCGACUUCGAAUCAAAGUCCUUCGUCUUUAUUUUCUUUCCAAUAUCGUCCUUUACGAUCAAUCCUUUUCUCAAUCUAAUUUGCAAUUCAUUUACCUAAAAUCGAUUCCUAAAUAUACUUUUUGUUUUUUAUUUGUUACUUGAUAGGAUAAUACAGGAUUGUGAAUACGAUUAUAAAAUAAAGGACGAAAAAAAAUGUUUAUUGUUAUGAGAGCGAUCGAUCGUUUUUUAAGAAAGUAUAAUAUUGCGAUCAAUAUUUUUGCAUUUUUAAUAGAGUCUCGAAAGAUAUAAACGUAACGAUUUAUUAAAUAAUGUUACAUUAGUACAUCUACUUUACGAAAGAAUAUUCCAUUUCAGUAUCAUCGAUUUAUUCACGUAUUUUUUAUGAUAAAUGAUUUACCAAGUUAACUUUCCUUUCACUCCGCUCAUUAAGGGAAUUCCAUCAUAAUAUAAUUAUGUUUUACCUGUCAACGUAGUUAAGAACUCUUGCUAUUUAUUGAAACUAUAAAUUGUGCACGUCAGAUACACCGAGUUCACAAUUUGUUAUCAAUAGACGCAUUGAGAGUUAACUGAGUGUUUUUAAAAAAACGCACAGUCUGACUUACCGUCCGCAAUAACCGAUCCAACUCGAUACUUAUUGUUAGAUAUAUUUCAUAUUUAAUUAAUAACGGAGGGGAAAUCGUUAACCUGCUUUUGACUAAUUAAAACAUUUAUGUUUUCGUAAUAAAACUCUGGCAUUUCAUAUAACAAAAAGGAUCCUUAAUUGAUAAAAUUUCUUUCGGUUUAAUUAAUAUAUCUAAAUGAGCAUACAUAUUCUUUUUCAACGUUAGAUUUACGUUAAAAACUAAUUUUAAAGAAUUUCAACGCGAUAAAACUUCAAUUGUCCUAGUAUGACUGAAACUUCAAAAUAUGCAUUAAUUGGCCAAUCAAGGACAAUCUUACAAUUAGUACCGAAAGCUAUUAUAUGCUAAAGUAUACUAUAAUAUACUUCCAUAAUCAAAAGUCGAUCCACGUUUUAUCAUUUAUUUUAAUAUCAAAUUAUUUUAUAGCGAUCAUCGUUAUAUCGAUUUUCUGCUCUGUGAAGACCGAUGUUCCUUCACUAAAUGUAUUAAAAAUUAAAAUAUAAUUUUUUGUAUUCUCAAAAAAAAAAAAAAAAGAGAAAGGAAUUGCGUUGAUUGUGUUACGAGAAGUUCGCAAAAAUAUUUAAUUAUAGUCCUUUAUGAUGACGACUAUCCUUUCGAUAAAGCAAACGUAUCUGCCUAUACAUAGACUUAAUGAUAAAAAUCUUACAGGCGAUUGAGAAGAAUUCAAUCGACCACCGAUUAAAAUAACUUACGAUAGAUGAAGGAACAUAUGGACGUAAAAUAAAACUGUAAUAGAGUGCGUGUGAGCGAGCGUGCAUGCGUGCGAGAGAAAAGAAACUCUUUGUGUCUUUUCGCAAAUACACACACACACACACACACACACACACACACACACACACACACUUACAUACCCUGUGGAUAUUAAAAAAAACGAUAAUUUUACCAUGAAACGUUGUACAAUAUUAGUUUUACUCGUGUGUAAUACUUCGUAGAGCGUGUAGUUUUCUAAGUGUCUGCUCGCUGAACGAUUACGUAAAUCGUGUGUCCUAAUUGUCGUCGUUGAAACAUUGCCUAAUCAAUUCUAUUGUUGCGCUUAGAAGACGAAGGAAAAGGAAAAAAAAGUGACAACGUAACGUAAACCGUGAAUAAUGAAAAGAACCAAUGUUAAAAGAAAAAAAAAAAAUUUUACGUACGCGUCGAGACUUAGAAAAAUUGUUGUAACAGUGUCUCGUCGAAUAUACGAAUGUGUGUUCCGAAUUAAUCCUUGUGUUAGUUGCGGACAAGUUUAGUAGUGCGUCAUGCCGAAAGAGCGAUACGAGUGGAUGCGUUUCUGUGGAUCAGUCGUGUCCAACUGAGUUUGUCUCAAUUGAUUAAUAAUAAUUAUUAUUAAUAAUAAUUAUAUAUAUAUUAUAUUAAUUAUUACGAACGAGGUCACGCGCGAAUGGGUGAUUACUCGUCAAAGGAUAUUUUCGUAUCUCGUAUGGUCUCUUGUUGCAGUAAUGUACAGGAUAAAAACACUUUAUACAUGCUUUUAUCGAAAGCGUAAAGUCAGAAUGAUUAAUAUGAAUGUAAAUGAUUUAUACUUAUGUUUCACGGCGUAGAUAAGGAUCUUUAAUAGGAAAUGUAACAUUGGUAUUUACUUUUCCGCUAUAUUUAAACGUGAAUAUAGAAAAGAAAAAGAUAUAAGAAAACGAAAUCGAUUUUAGCCGAUAGUUUUCGGUAUCAAUUCUUACGACUGUUAUAUCGAGAGAUAUCUUUUAUGUCAAUUUUUAGUAAUGUUACCAUCAUUACUAAUACUUACUUUUAUUGAUUAUUAUAUGUCAUCAUAUUCAUCGUUAUUAUCAUCGUCGAUGUCACUAUCAUUAUAAUUCCAACAUUUUUACGUUACAUUGUUACUAUGUCAUUUUUUCACAUUUAUUUAUACAAACGUUUAUACUAUAUUAUCUUUUGAUAAAAAAAAAGAAAAAACUUGUUUUUGGAAAAGAAAACGACGUCGAAUUGUGUAGAAUUCAGUAUAUAAUUUUUAAGUCGAAUAUAAUUUUUAGGUACUGUAAGGAAGGCGCUGUAUAUAUUAUACAUAUUUUAUAAAUAAAAUAUUUAGUGUAAUUGUAAUAUUACGAUACUGUACUGAAGGCACUGCUCUGUACACACCACUACAUAGAUUAAAUUUUAAUAAAUAUUUCCCAACCCUAUAUA